AUGGCACAUCACAUCAGCAACAGCAGCAGCGAGAAGGUGUUUAGCAUUCGAGAUUUGCCCAAAAGCAACAACUUCACCCAGAAAUUACCGCCGGAUGCAGAAUACCCGACGCCUGCAAAGUCACAUGCUGCGGAGCGAGCAAAGCUGGGACCGCGGCUGGUGAAGAAUGCGGCAUACACCUUCGUUCGACCCGAUCCCUUCACCAAGUCGGAAUUGGUAGGCGUCUCCAAAGCUGCCUUGAGAGACUUAGCCAUCGAUCCCUCUACCAUCGACUCGGAAGAUUUCAAGGACACCGUGGCCGGGAAGAAGAUCAUAACAAUAGACGCCGACAAGGAGCCGGGAGAGGAGGAUGUCUAUCCCUGGGCACAAUGUUAUGGAGGUUAUCAGUUCGGACAAUGGGCUGGUCAGCUGGGAGAUGGAAGAGCCAUUUCACUGUUUGAGACGACAAAUCCCGCGACCAAGAAAAGAUAUGAGAUUCAGUUAAAGGGCGCCGGCAAGACACCAUAUUCCCGAUUCGCAGAUGGCAAGGCUGUUGUACGGAGCAGCAUACGCGAGUUUGUCGUCAGUGAAGCUUUGAAUGCUCUGGGAAUACCAACAACCCGAGCGUUGAGUCUGACACUUGGGCCUGAGGAAAAGGUUCGUAGAGAGACGACGGAGCCUGCAGCCAUUGUUGCACGUUUCGCCGAGACAUGGUUAAGAUUUGGCACGUUUGACCUUGCACGAUCAAGAGGUGAUCGAGAUCUCAUCAGAAAACUGGCCGAUUACGCUGCCGAGGAUGUAUAUGCUGGCUGGGAUACUCUCCCAGGAAAUGUGACUUCGAAUGAGGGCAAGGAUGUCUUGGAGCCAGCUCGCGGGAUCCCAAAGGAUGACAUCCAAGGAUCUGGAGAACGUGAGGAGAACCGAUACACACGUCUCUACAGGGAGAUUGCCCGGAGAAACGCAAAGAUGGUCGCUCAUUGGCAAGCAUAUGCAUUCACAAACGGCGUGUUGAAUACGGACAACACUUCCAUCUUCGGCCUGUCAAUCGACUUUGGUCCAUUUGCAUUCCUGGACAACUUUGAUCCGAAUUACACUCCCAACCACGACGAUCACAUGUUGAGAUACUCAUACAAGAACCAACCGAGCAUCAUCUGGUGGAAUCUUGUACGGCUAGGAGAAGCUCUCGGCGAAGUCAUCGGUGCCGGCUCAUGGGUCGACGAAGCCGAAUUCGUCGAAAAAAGCGUCCGUCAAGAAAAGGCUGAUGAAUUGAUAAAGCGAGCGGAAACCAUCGUCGACCAAGUCGGCGACGAAUACAAAGCAGUCUUCCUCGCCGAAUACAAACGAUUGAUGACCGCCCGCUUUGGACUCAAGAAAUGUACAGAGACCGACUUUGAAGAACUGUACUCCGAAUUCCUCGACACGCUCGAAGCACUAGAACUAGAUUUCAACCACGCAUUCCGAAGAUUAAGCAACAUCGUAAUGGACGAUCUCGCCACCGAUGAUCAAAGAAAAGAAGUCGCAGGCCGCUUCUUCCACCACGAAGGCCUCUCAGGACUCGCAGGCAACGAAGCCGACGCUCGCGCCCGCAUCGCCAAAUGGCUGGAGAAAUGGCGAGGCCGUGUCUUUGAAGACUGGGAAGAUUCCCACGAAGCUAGAGAUCAGCGACUCGCGGAUAUGAAGGCCGUGAAUCCGAAAUUCAUCCCCCGAAGUUGGGUGUUGGAUGAGUUGAUUGAGAGGGUGGAGAAGAAGGGUGAGAGGGAGAUUUUGCAGAGGGUCAUGGGUAUGGCUUUGGAGCCUUUUAGGGAGGAGUGGGGUGGAGAUCGGGAGGAGGAGGAGAGGUUUUGUGGGGAUGUGCCUAAAUUUCAGAGGAUGGCGCAGUGUAGUUGUAGUUCUUAG